AUGUCUGAACGACGUUACUACCGAUCUUCGUACAGCAACAAAGCACGCAUGUCAGAGGCCCUAGUGCAGCGACUGCAGCAUUAUUCCACCCUCCAUGCAGCAUGCACGGCACCCGUUACCAACUGGCCGGCAUUCUUCAAUAAUUCAUCCAAGGGUCUUCAAGAAAAUGCGACUUCUGCACACGUGGCAGGAUGCAAGUACCUUCUCUGGGUUGAGCCCAACUACAGUGGUCUGGGCAAUCAGCUGCUCUCCCUCGUCUCCUCCUUCACCUACGCCCUCCUCACCAACCGCACGCUCAUCAUAAAUCCUGAGUGCUUCCCUGCUCGCCUCCUCUGCAACCCCUUCCCCUACUCCUCCUGGGCCCCACCUGCUCUCAACAGGGGUUCCUUCAAAGUGAACGACACAGAUCUUGUAUUCUUCUGCUCGCAGGAGCAGGAGAGGAUCUCAGCCAUCCGUUUCCUGGCACUGCUCACAGAGGAGUACGUUCUGCCUGGCUUGUACCUCGUGUCUGAGUUCGACGCUGAGUUGGAGCGCCUGUUCCCCGACCGUCUGCCGCUGAUGCAAGUGGGGCGCUACCUGCUGCACCCCGCCAACUACCUCUGGGAGGAAAUCACGCGCGCUUUCCGAGCCUACCUCGCCCCGCACCAGCACAGGGUCGGCAUCCAGAUCCGUGACUUCACCUCUGCCAGCAGCAACGAGGGAGAGGCCCUCGCCUGUGUGCUGCACUGUGCUGUCAACAUCUCCCAUGGGCUGCCCCCCAUACUGCCCCAUGACCAGUGGCGCCUCCUGGCCGCCAACCAGAGCGCAGCCAACUCAAGUAAUAUGGAGCCAAUCCAGAAGGCAGCAGGAGCCGGCACAGUGCGUAGCGUGGGUGUGCUGGUGGCUUCUCUAAAGCGCUCCUAUGUGGAUGCACUACACGAGGCGUACGUGGAAGGGUUACCACUGGACGGUUACAAUGUCGCAGUUACUAGUCUGAGUCAUGAGGGCGAGCAGAAAACAGGCGAUCUGCUGCAGCUGGAGAGAGCACUCAAGGAGAUGUGGCUGCUCUCCAUGAGCGACCUGCUGCUGGUGAGUGACAGCUCCACCUUUGGCUACAUGGCAGCGGGGCUGGCAGGAGUGAGCCCCUUCUCCCUCAACAUCGUGCCACGGAUGAACUCUGAUUGGCUCCACAACGGCCGGCCGGCGUGUGUUGUCACGACUCCAGAGGCCUGCUAUCUGACUAUGCUAGACAACAAGCAACAACAUGUGCAGGUAAUGGUUAUGACGAGAGACGUGGUGGCUCAGAUUAACCCCACCAUCGCGGAUGGGAUCGAUUCUAGCACAUCGGUGUGCGAUAUUGUCACAGGCAUGACCCCAUGCCUACAGCUACUAGAGGACCUAAUGUGUGGCCUCUCGUGCAACCCUAAUGCUGGCUUCUAUGCGACAAAAUCCAACACGGGAGUGAUCAUGAGCGUGUGCUCGGAUCUUGCGGACAGAGUAUUCUCACAGUGCAAGGGCCUUCAAUUCGGUGACAUGUCCUUCGCAGGACUGGUUACCACAACAGACGAAUUUAUGAGCCUCGUUGUUACGAACGUCAUUAAGAUGCUCGGAGUUGAGGGCUUUGAGAUCCAAAUAUCCUCUUCGCCUUGCUUUACAGUACUGGCUCAUAUCCCCUCUACACUGCGUGUUCUGUUGCUCCUCGUCGUCGUCGCCACUCUCUCCGUCGCACACGUCCACGGCCUUUCGCCAGCAUCGCCGACGCCGAAAUAUCCCGCGUGCCCGUUCACGGGGAAGCAGCCGACAAAACCGGCGGUUCCCCCGCCACGAUGCAUGGCUGCUGUCGAUGCGUCGUGCUGCGCCGACUGCACGGAUCUCAACACGGCCCUCGGGAUUGUCGGGACGAACCUUACCAGCGUCGUGGCGCAGAUUAGCCCGCAGUUUGUGGACCUGAUCGACCCGAAGCUCAAGGUAUGCGAUCUAUUCACGGGUCAGGCGCAGUGCGCGCAACUCAUAGAGGAUCUGCUGUGCGGACUAACAUGCAACCCUAACUCGGGCUCCUACGUCACGGUUGUUCCCAACAACUCCACCACCAUGACUGUCUGCACUGGAUACGCGGACACCCUCUUUAAAGCCUGCAGCGGCCUUUCACUGGGCGACGGUAUGGACCUGACGGGGCUCAUCACAACAUACCCGGACUUCAUGAACAUCAUCGUGGCUAAUGUCGUCAAGUCCCUUGGGAUCGCCAACUUCAAGUUUGACUUCACUACUACUCGCUGCUUCACCAGCAGUGGAGUCUACCCCACCAACAUUGCCUGCUGCGACCCUCUCAGCGUCCCCACCACCUGCCCUGCCGGUUCGGUCAACACCACCAAAUACGCCGACCUGAUUGGCCGAACCAUCGACCCAGCCAACUGCCCAGCCUCCACUCCUUCCGCUCCUCCUUCCGUUUCUGCCCCUGGUUCUACCCCACUCCCCUCCCCGCCCCCGCCUGCUGCACCUCCCAAAACGGGCUCGCCUUCUGCUGCUUGCUAUGCAUCGGUAGUUAGAUACCUUAUUUAUGGGGCUGCGGCUUUUCUUGUGCUGUAG